CUACCCAAAUUCUUCCUUCGUUUUAAAUCAUCACCGAUCUUUUUGUUUUCAACAAACACCGAUUCACAUCGUGAACGUGACUUUUUCUUAUCAAGCAGUCAACUCAGCACGUGGCAUCAUCCUAACGGACCUUACCUGAUUCCUUCAUCGUAGGAAGCGGUGCACUGAAUCACUUCCAUAACUUUAGGAUAUUAUUACCGUCUAUAUAGCCUAACGUUACAUGUCUAAAAUCUUUAUCAAAUACACACACACAUAACACCAGAACUCAACCAUGGCUUCUCAUUCCUCUCUUCUUAUUGUCUUAGCCGUUGCUUGUUUCGUUUCUCUCAUCUCACCGGCGGUUUCACAAACUUGCUCUACACAGAACAUACUCACCACCCAGAAAACUCCCUUUCAGACUUGCCUAGACCUUCCCGUACUCGACUCCUACCUCCACUACACUUACAAUGAAACCAACUCAUCUCUCUCCAUCGCAUUUGUCGCCACUCCAGCUCGACCCAGCGGCUGGGUCGCUUGGGCUAUCAACCCCACGGGGACUGGAAUGGCCGGGUCUCAAGCCUUUGUAGCACUCAGAUCCGGACCCGGUGUGGCUCCCGUCGUGAAGACGUACAACAUCAGUAGCUAUAGUACUCUCGUCCAAGGAAAACUCGCCUUCGACUUUUGGGAUCUACGCACCGAAGCCUUGACCGGGAACAGAGUCGUGAUUCACACGUCGGUUAAGGUUCCGGCGGGAGAGGAUAGCGUGAACCAGGUGUGGCAGAUCGGCGGGAAUGUGACCAACGGCCGUAUUGGAAUUCAUCCUUUUACUCCGUCAAAUUUGAAAUCUACAGCCGUGCUGAGAUUUAGUGGCUCUGACCCUCCCGCCUCUGCUCCGGGAGGUGGCGCCUCGACCACUCCCGGACAGGCGGGAGGUCCAGGGAACGCAGGUUCUAUGACGACACGUGUAAACUUUGGGGUCAGUUUGGGAGUUUUGGUUUUGUUGGGUAGUAUAUUUAUUUUGUGAAGGUGAUCUUUCUCUUUCUCCGUUCCUUUUUUCUAGCACAAUAAUGGAGCUCCAUACUUUUUAAACUUAGGCCAUUUACUUCUUUUGUUUUCACCUUACCUUCUCUUGUCUCUCGCAUUAUUCUGAGUUGUUAUUAGAUUGUAUGGACCAUUACUAUACUGUCAUCUUAUCUACUUAAAAUUUACUGCGUACGCAGUCCCGCUCA